AUGCCGCCCCUCCGCCCGGGCUGUCGACGACCGCUGCCGCCGCCGCUGCCGCUGCCGCUCCCGACGACUCGCUUGGCCCAACCCCCCAGGUGCCGCUACUCCUCCUCCUCCUCCCCCUCCUGGCCCUCGCGCAACGACCUCCCCGAGUCUCGCCUGAACCCCCGCCCGGACGACUACGCCGCCCCCAGCUUCGCCGACCGGGCCGAGCUCUCCCUCUUCGCCGGCCGCGGCGGCAACGGCUGCGUCUCCUUCCUCCGCGAGGCGUUCCUCCCCGACGGGCCCCCCAACGGCGGCGACGGCGGCCCCGGGGGCAGCAUCUACAUCCAGGCCGCCCACGGGGAGACGUCGCUGCACAAGCUGGCCCGGAAGCGCGUCAUCCGCGCCGGCCGCGGCAGCCACGGCCAGGGCAGCGCCAAGGGCGGCGCGCGCGGCCAGGACGUCGUCAUCACCGUGCCCGUGGGCACCGUCCUCCGCGAGCUGCAUCGCCACGAGCCAGCCGCCCAGGAGGCCCUGGCCGUCAGGGCCUACCGCGCCUUGCGCAAGCAGCAGACGCCUCCCCCGGAGGAGCCGGGCAAUCGCGACCCCGCCGAAGCAGCGCCGCCGCGGCAGCAGCAGCAGCAGCAGCAGCAGCAGCAGCAGGCGACGGACAGAAAGGGCCGCCCGAAACCUGCCCCCGGGGAAGCAGCGGAGCAGGCCGAUGCCGCGGACCUGGAGCUCCAGGAUCCCUCGCGGCAAAAGUGGCUUCUCUACCCCGGCAUGUCCAGGUCGGACAUGAGAGCCGCCUCGUUCCCCAAGCUCCCUCGCCGCCAACCCCUUCUCCAGCAGCCCCCGGCCCCCGUCUACCUCGACCUGUCGCGUCCCACCCCGCGCCCGAUCCUCCUCGCCGCAGGCGGCCUUGGCGGCUUGGGCAACCCUCACUUCACGUCGCGCCAGCACCCCAAGCCCGUCUUCGCGACCAAGGGCGACGACGCCGUCUCCAUCAAGGUCUCGCUCGAGCUGAGGCUCCUCGCCGACGUCGGCCUGGUCGGCCCCCCCAACGCCGGCAAGAGCACCCUCCUGCGCUCCCUGACCAACAGCCGCGCCAGAAUCGGCAGCUGGGCCUUCACCACGCUCCAGCCGAACAUUGGCACCGUCGUGCUGGACAAGUACUCCGGCCGCCCAGUCGCUGCUCCGCCCGGAGCUCACCCGGGCUCUCUGCAGCCGACGCGCGACGGCCGGCCCGGGCCAAGGACGAGGUUCACCGUGGCCGACAUCCCGGGCCUGAUCCAAGGCGCCCACCUCGACCGCGGCCUGGGCAUCGCCUUUCUCCGGCACGUCGAGCGCGCAGGAGUGCUUGCCUUUGUCGUCGACCUGGCCGCCGGAAACGCCGCGGAUGCUCUCGACGCGCUGUGGCGCGAGGUCGGCCUCUACGCCCAGAUGCGGCACGAGGAAGAUUGCCUUCGACAGGUGGAAUCCCACAUCGACUGGGACCCGGCGUCCGACUCGCCGCCGACACUGGGCGCCGUCGACCUUGCCAACGCCCAGCGAGGCGGUCCCACGACGGCCUUUGCCGGGCCCGGCCCGCCAUCCGGGCUGCACAUUGCCGCGAAGCCGUGGUUCGUCGUCGCAACAAAGGCCGAUCUGCCCCAGACGCGGCAGAACUUUUUGCUGCUAAAGGCCUAUCUGGACGAGAUUACGAGCGGGCAGGCCAAGCAUCCAAGCGGCGUAGAGGGAGCCUGGACCACGAACUGCGCAGCUAUUCCAGUGAGCGCUAUCCACGGGCAAGGCGUAGACAGGAUUGUGCAUUGGACGCUUGGGCUGCUAGAUGGGUGA